AUCGAUAGCGAAAUUUAUCUUCAACAACAUGCCACGCCAAAUGCUUUCUGGCCUUACAAAUGUUCCUCCCCCCACCCCCCCAAUUUCUCCUUUUCUCAACGCUUUAUAUUUAUGUUAAGGGAAUGGACACACAUUUUCGACAUUAAAGUGAAAGAUUGUAAAAUUCAAUGGAAUAUACGUCCUUCGUGAAUUUCAAUUAAUAAAAAAACUCCGUUACUGAUAUUAUGUUUUCAAAACGCAUUAUUCCAAUUGUUUUAUUUUUUGUUCAAGUCAGAAUUAUUCACAACAUGAUGAGACAAGCUUUCACUCCAGAUAUCUUCUGUAAGGGACAAGGGGAGACGAUAAUUUAAAAUUUUCUAAUUUCAUAAUUUUUUUAAAAUAAGAACUAUAAAGUAAUAGAUUAGUAUAUAUUUAUUUUUAUAAAUAUUGUAUCAUUCAUUAUAUUUAAAAAUGAACUAUUUUCCCUUCCUUUUCUUCUCCUAUAAAACCCAACUCCUGACCAUAGAGAAUUAAGCAUGUAUUCCUUGAACUAACCCUUGCUGGUUUUUAUACGUUGAAAAUGGGAUACAAUAAUGGUAUCCUAAUAAGCAAAGCAUUACACCUGGCUCGAUUCAGGCGUCAAGAAUAUUAAGUACAGGCGUUGGAGACAUAAAUAUUGUAAUUUAUGUGAAUCUCGAACGUUAUCUUUUCUGUCCGAGGCUAAGUUCUGAAGUGAAAGCAAAAACACAUUCAAGAAGAAGGUGGUGGUACCCUUUAGUCUGUACUAAUAAUUGACUGGGGAAGGUCCUAAAUGGAGAAAGUGAAACUAUCUGCUAAUUAUGAUUCUGAUGGCGGCGGGGAUGAGGAAGGUUCAUUUCCGAUAUUCAAGCUGCCAGAGAGUGAAAAUUUUGGACAGCAAAGCAGUAGAAGAGAGGAAGAUGAUGCAAAAGAAAGAAGAUUGGAUGGAAUUGCUCACUCUAAUACUGCAAGCAGUAAGUGGAUGGCAUUUGCUACGCAGCCUGAAAUCACAGUUGAUGGCAAAUUUACAAUAAAGGAUCAAAGUACAACAAAAGAAAAUGAGUUGAGAAAUCAUCCAAGAGAGCAAUCAUCUUCAGAUCAUCGAACUUUAACUGAAGCGACCAUAGCUGAGAGAGCUGCUGAAUGGGGUGUUGUGGUGAAUUCUGGGAAUAUCAAAGCAAUGGAGGUGGAGACAGGGAGUGCUUCUUUUGAUGGUGACCAAUGCAAAAUCUUAUCGGAUAGAUUUGUUGAAUCAACACGGACGUCGUCGGGGGAAUCAAAUUAUGGAUCUGAACCAUCAUCAUCAGGGCUGUUCCCCAGAGUGUCACAAGAGUUGAAGGAUGCACUGGCGACGCUGCAACAGACAUUUGUUGUCUCAGAUGCAACCAAGCCAGACUGCCCAAUCAUGUAUGCCAGCAGUGGCUUUUUUGGCAUGACUGGCUAUUCCUCAAAGGAGGUUAUUGGAAGGAAUUGCCGAUUUCUUCAGGGGCCUGAUACAGACAAGAAUCAAGUGGCGAAAAUCCGGGAUGCAGUUAGAAAUGGGAAAAGUUAUUGCGGCAGGAUUUUAAACUACAAGAAAGAUGGAACUCCAUUUUGGAAUCUUCUCACUGUAACCCCCAUCAAAGAUGACCAUGGCAAUACUAUUAAAUUCAUUGGAAUGCAGGUUGAGGUGAGCAAGUACACAGAAGGCGUGAAUGAAAAGGAGUUACGACCAAAUGGAUUGCCUAAGUCAUUAAUUCGUUAUGAUGCUCGCCAAAAGGAUAAAGCUUUGGGUUCCAUCACUGAGGUAGUCCAAACUGUGAAGGACCCAAAAUCCAUUAUCCAGGAUAGGAAUGAUGAUACUUAUACCAAGCAUGAAGAGCAAGAGAAAUUCAAUUUGGAUUUUGUAUUGCCAAAGUCUGCUGAAAUUGGAAAUACAAGUACACCUGAUAGACAAACUUCCACCCUAAACAUCCAACGUGUGAGUUUUUGUCUGGACAAGAGCAAGACAUCUCGAAAAUCAGCACGGAUUUCUUUCAUGGGUUUUAAAGGGAGAUCUCUGAGUUCUGCAGGGAGAGGUGAGGAGAAGCCCAUUGUUGAACCAGAAGUUUUGAUGACCAAGGAAAUAGAGUGGUCUAAUAGUUGGGAGCGUUCGCAAAGAGAGAGAGAUAUAAGGCAGGGAAUUGACCUAGCAACAACGUUGGAGCGGAUAGAGAAGAACUUUGUGAUAUCUGAUCCUAGACUUCCAGAUAACCCAAUCAUAUUUGCAUCUGAUAGCUUUCUUGAACUUACAGAGUAUACACGAGAAGAAAUUUUAGGACGAAACUGCCGGUUUCUUCAAGGACCAGAAACAGAUCAGGCAACUGUUUCCAAGAUUCGGGAUGCCAUCAGAGAACAGAAGGAAAUUACAGUUCAAUUGAUCAACUAUACUAAGAGUGGAAAGAAGUUCUGGAAUUUGUUUCACUUGCAACCAAUGCGUGACCAAAAGGGUGAACUUCAAUACUUUAUUGGUGUUCAACUAGAUGGAAGUGAUCAUGUAGAACCCUUAAAAAACCGUCUAUCUGAGACAGCUGAGAAACAAAGUGCCAAGUUGGUGAAAGCCACUGCAGAAAAUGUUGAUGAAGCAGUCCGAGAACUUCCUGAUGCCAACUUGAGACCAGAAGAUUUGUGGGCAAUUCAUUCACACCCUGUCUUUCCACGACCUCACAAAAAGGACAAUCCUUCUUGGUUAGCAAUACAGAAGAUAACUGGAAGAGGUGAAAAAAUUGGUCUGCACCAUUUUUUGCCCAUUAGGCCCUUGGGUUGUGGAGAUACUGGCAGUGUUCAUUUGGUGGAACUCCAAAGUACUGGGGAAUUAUAUGCAAUGAAGGCAAUGGAAAAGUCUGUAAUGCUAAAUCGUAAUAAGGUUCACCGAGCAUGCAUUGAGAGAGAGAUUAUAUCAUUACUGGAUCAUCCUUUUCUUCCAACACUAUACACAUCAUUUCAGACUUCUACACAUGUAUGUUUGAUUACUGACUUCUGCCCUGGGGGAGAGUUGUUUGCAUUGCUUGACAAGCAACCCAUGAAGAUUUUCAAAGAGGAAUCAGCAAGAUUCUAUGCGGCAGAGGUUGUCAUUGGUUUGGAAUAUCUGCACUGUUUAGGUAUAAUUUAUCGUGACCUAAAGCCUGAAAAUAUCUUACUACAGAAGGAUGGUCAUGUUGUAUUAACUGAUUUUGAUCUAUCAUUUAUGACACCUUGUAAACCACAGGUUGUGAAAUACUCACUUCCUAGAAAUAGAAGAUCACGAAAUAGACCACCACCAACAUUUGUUGCAGAGCCAGUUACACAAUCAAACUCAUUUGUUGGAACUGAAGAAUACAUUGCCCCUGAAAUUAUAAUCGGAGCCGGGCAUACGAGUGCUAUAGAUUGGUGGACCCUUGGUAUCUUGUUGUAUGAAAUGCUCUAUGGUCGGACACCAUUUAGGGGGAAGAAUAGACAGAAGACAUUUUCCAAUAUCUUACACAAGGAUCUUACUUUUCCAAGCAGCAUCCCGGCUAGUCUAGCAGCCAGGCAGUUGAUUAAUGCACUAUUGCAAAGAGACCCAAUCAAUCGCCUAGGUUCAACUACUGGUGCCAAUGAAAUCAAACAACACCCUUUCUUCCGGGGAAUCAAUUGGCCUUUAAUUCGCAACAUGAGUCCACCCCCAUUAGAUGUUCCUCUUCAAUUGAUAGGAAAAGAUCCAAAGGCAAAGGAUAUGAAGUGGGAAGAUGAUGGGGUGCUAAUUAGCUCGAUUGAUUUGGAUAUUUUUUGAAGACCUCCUAUUUACACCGGAUGUUUUGUUAGCAUCAUGUCUGUCUCACGCUUCAACAAUCACUGCGUCUCAGACAUUCAAGUGAAAUAGUGUACCUAUUGAUUUGAUUAUAUAGUACCAUCUUGUGAUAUAGCAAUAGACAACUUGAAACAAAAUCCAAGUUCUCUAGGAUUAGAGUCGAAGUGGUAUGUAUAUUGAAUAAGGAUGUUUACUUUUAGGAAAUGCUUCCUAGUUAUGCACAUGAACAAUAAAUCAAUAAUGCUUUUGUAGAUGGA